ACACCCAGUCGUCUCACUACUAUCACUUGUCUCCUCUGAGUGUGAGAUUAAUCCUCUUUAUCGACACGUUUUAAGUUGGGGAAAAGUUGAUUUUAUAAUGGUGCUGUUUUAUCUCAGGGUCGAAGGAUCGAUUAACGGUGCUCCUGUUACUUACUUCACUCCCGAAGAUAGGGACACGCCAGGCUGGCUGACUUUCGCCCCUCACCCUAUGCGCAAGCCCAAAAAGGCGCGGUUUCUCUACCAGGCAGGCGCAGCACGCAUAUUUUACCACAAGCAUCAAGGGUUAAUCUGGGAGAUAUGUGGUGAGUUUCUGGUGUUCCCAAGGUGUGUGUUUUGCGGGGUCUUGAGCACCAUUAGAGUGAGGCUUAUAGUGAUCUACUUCUACCCGGUGCAGUACUGCAUCAGCUGUGCUCACCAGGCUGUUGAGGUUCUCAGACUGCUCCAAUGACGGAGUGUCCCUUGGGAUCCGGAUGUCUUCGAACCAUGGGUAUAACAGAUUCUUUUUUUUAACCUCGCUAUAUAUAUUAGCAGUAAUGUUUUAGUGUUUUAAAAAUGUUUUUACUCUACUACGUUUUAAUAAAUUUUAU